AUGAAUGAUAAUAAUACAAACAAAAAGAGAAACAAGAUGGAUAAGAACAAUAUGAAUAAUAAUAAUAAUAAUAAUAAUCGUGAAAUCUCAAAUAGUUCGCAGCAGCAACAACAGAUUAAAAGUAUUCCUGAGAUUCUUUUGCCGCAAACAAAAGCCGAUGCUCACGUCGCUUUAUCUACACCAUUCAACCUUCCAGCAAAGUCCAGUCCGAUUCCGUUUAUGAACGCCAAAGCCUUGCCUAGCGAAAACAAAGUUCUGGGAAAUGAAGCCAGUGGUGUGAUGAUAAAAGAAGCCGACUUGGGGAGCUCAUCAUCACCAAAACUUAUUCCGGCUGUAGUACCAGGGUCUCCACUAUUUGCAUCGCCGAUGUUUUCUCACCAAAACAAAUCAAGAUCAAGAACCAAUAGUAUUUCGGGGCUUAGCUCACGUAAUGGUAAUAAUAAUAAUAAUAAUAGCAGAUCCUCGACAGUCAUUGAAACUCGACACAUUCAGCUCGAGUACGACCCAGUAAGAAAGCGCAAGCUUUUGAAUACCUAUGAAAUUAUUGGAGACUUGGGAUCAGGACAGCACGGAAAGGUGAAAUUAGCUAUUGAUACGGUUUCUGGGGAUAAAGUGGCGAUCAAGAUCCUCGAUCGUACUGGAAAAUCAAAAGUAGGAGGAGGAUACUAUGGGAAAUUAGUUGCAAGAAACGGUAGUGGGGCAGGGGUUAAUAAUUGGGAUAUGGCCAACGGUAGUGAUAAUGAAAUAUCAUUUAUGUCGGAAAACGAAUUGAAGAUCAGAAAAGAAAUUGCAAUUAUGAAGAAAUGUAAUCAUCGAAAUAUCGUCAAGCUACGAGAGGUGAUUGAUGACCACCGAUUGAGAAAAAUUUAUUUAGUUUUGGAGUAUUUAGAAAAAGGGGAAAUCAAUUGGCAAGUUGACGAUGAUUCAAAGAAUAUUGAACAUUGCCAACAAGAAUUGGAGAGGGAGUACAUAUACAAGCCUGCUCUUUCAUUCAAAAAGGCACGAGCGGUAUUCAGGGAUGUGGUACUUGGGCUUGAGUAUUUACAUUACCAAGGAAUCAUUCAUAGAGACAUUAAACCUGCUAACUUACUUAUCUCAAAUGAUAAUAUUGUGAAGAUCUCUGAUUUCGGAGUUUCUUUUUCCAUCACUUUGAUUGAAGAUAAUGAAUACGAAUUGUGCAAAACCGCCGGUACUCCGGCGUUCUACGCGCCAGAGCUAUGUUCACUUGAUAGAGAAAUCAACUGCGGUAUCAUUAGUCAUAAAAUUGAUAUUUGGGCAUUGGGGGUCACUCUAUAUUGCUUGAUAUUUGGCAAUUUACCAUUUUAUGGGAAAAAUGAUUUCGAGUUGUUUGAUCGAAUUAAUAAGGCGGAAAUGAAGGUUUUAAGCUUCCAAGAAUUUAAAGCGCUAGGGAUCCCUGAAAAUGACAGACUCCAACCGUCAGAAUAUGAUGAUUUUAUUGAUUUAUUGGAAAAAUUGUUGCAAAAGAACCCAUACCAGAGAAUCGAUAUUCCAGAAAUCAAGGACCAUGCAUUUCUCAGAAGUAGCUUAUCAACCCAAGAAGAAGCUUAUAAUUUUGAAAAUAAUUUGUUGAUCAACUACCCGUUGGAUUUCACCGAAAGCUGCUCUCCUGAACGUAAUGGUGAUGAAUGCAAAAUCGAUGUAACUCAAGAAGAAAUGGGCAAUGCCAUAACUGAUAUUGGUGGCAAGAUAAAACUGAGUUUAAACAAGGUGCUUAAUCUCACCGGUUUUUCAUCAGCUUCAUCAUCCACCCCAUCAUUGACAUCGAAAAAAUCUGUACCAAUGAUGUCUCCGACCUCUAGUCCAAAACUCCAAGGAAACCUGACAUCUCGUCGUCAUAGAUUAUCAAUUUCCAGUGUUUUUUCAAGAAAGAAUGGCAGCACUCAUAGCAGAAGUAACAGUACUACCAGUAGUAAAAAGAAUAGCGGUGGGAAUAAUAAUAAUAAUAAUAAUAAUAAUAAUAAUAAUAAUACGGUAUACACUCCCUCUCAUGUUCAAACUCUCAGUCAUGAAGAUUCCUCUUCGUCAUUGAGGUCGCGAUUUUCUAUCAAUUCUGAUAACUCUUCUGAUCCAAGUAAUGGUAAAAAAUCAAACCAUGACCCAAAUACUCUAUCUCCACCGUUGUAUAUGCACAGCAACCUAACGAGCACAUCAUUCAUUUCCCCAUCUUUGCAAAGCGUUCAAAUGAUGGACCAAUCACAAGAUUACUUCAGUCAUCACCCAGGAUCAGAAAAUAACAAUAAUAAUGAAGAUUAUGUCGGUUCUAGAUCGGGUUCUCAGAUCAGUCUUCGCAGUAAAAACUUUGUGGUUCAAUUAAAUCAAGCAAACAAAACCGCGGACUCAUCUACAUCAAUAAAUAAUUUGGCCAGUGGUAGCCAUCGCCGAACCGCUUCCAAUGGAUCGGCCCAAUUGUCUGAUGCGUUCAUUGAAGGUGGGUUUUUCGUGCACACUAAACCGGUGGCCAAUACUUUGAAUGGGAUUGUUGAAAGAAAUGAUAGGAAACUUAGCGUUAUUAGUGAUCACUCGACUCCUCAAUUGGCAGUAAAUGAAAGUCCAUUAAAUUCCCCAGGAUUGAAGAGUAACCACAGUGGCAGUUUCUUUGGGUCAGGAAGCAAAUCCAGAAAUAGCAGUUUUUUGAACGGUUACAACAUUGGAAUCACCUUACCGAGAAAAGGUUCCAAUAUUUCGUUGCCAGUCAAUUCGAGUUAUGCCUCUCUCAAUAGUUUUGAUGACGAUUUGUUAUAUUCGCAGGCGGCUAAUACUACUGAUAGAAUGAUACGUUAUAGUACUACUACUCCUACUGGGCUUCCUCCUCCUGCCACAGUGGGGAUGCCACAAAAUGUGUCAGGGUUUUUAAAUAAUGCCAACAGUGCCUCGGGAUUCCUCAACAAUGAAGUACAAAAAUUUAGGUUUUUCGAAGACUCCAUCAGGGAAAAAGUUUAUGGACAGAAAAAUGGGGAUCUCUCGAAACUUGAAGAUUACAGUAUGAAGGAAUCAAUGUCGGGGGCGCUGGAGGCGGCGACGACUGCGGCUACUGCUGAAAAAUUACCUAAAGGGAUUUUUCCCACCACGGUAUCUACCACCCAACGUGACUCCAAUUAUGUUGCUAGUAAAGCUCCUUCAGUGUCGACGAUUAACGAAAUUCAAUCUGGACAAAAUCUGGUGACGAAUUUCCGGCCACCAAAAAGGGCGGAUUCUGAAGGGGAUGAUGAGAGUGAUAAUACUGAUGGAGAUGAUGAAGAUGAUGUUAUACAAUUCAAUGCUGACAACUAUCGUGACCGUACCGGUGGACGAUCAUUCUUUUUGAAUGGGGGGAGCAGUGGAGAGAAUAGCGAUAGCGAAUCAUUUAAUACCGUGAACCAAACGGAAUUGAAACUUGUUGAUAGUGUGGUGACGGUUCCAAACUCAUUGAUUUCCAAGUUGAACUCUGCUGACAAUCUGAAAUCCCCAUCGCAAACCCAAUUAUCGUUGUUUAACAAUAUUAAUCCUGAUAACCACCACCAGCCAAAAAAGAAGAGAGAUCACCAGCAAUCUAAAUUUCAAUUUGGUGGCGAUAGUGAUGAAUCUGAUGAUACCGAUGAUAGUAACGAUGGUUAUGUGAACGACGUUCCAUUUGGAAGGCCUGAUUUAUUGAGGCAGCAACUCAUGGCGCAACGAGCCUUUGGUGCAGGGGGGAGUCCUAUUAGUAGAGCCCAAAGCCAAUAUAGCACUAAAAGCUCGGGAGAUGAUUCAGAUCAAGAAUUGACAUUCAAUUUUGCUUCAAGGAAACUGGUGGGGCAAGUCUAA